UGGACGCUCAAUUUUCGGUCAGUUGCAUUCUGAAAGAGUGAGGAUCGGUGCAGGGCUCCGGCUGGAGGGAAAAGGGACGGCGUAUUUUAUUCGCGUAAAGUACGCAGAUGCAAUUAUGUGAGGGAAUAAGCAGUGGAAUAGGAAACGUGAAAAUCAUGAUGCGCGAAAAGUCGUGUUUACCGAAUUAUUAUCAUACCCCAAAUAAUCGCCUACCGUGCACAUAAGGCGUGUGUUAUUUACGGCCCCAAAGCUGCAAGGAUCAAUUGUUAAUUUGCAAAGGGAACAAAGACAGAAGGAGUACGAUGUCUCUGAGUGCGAGCGCUGAAAACUUAUCAUCAGAAGGGCAAAAUAGCGAAAGAUGGAACAUGUGCCUUGAAUUGGCGCUCGAGGGCGAGCGUCUGUGUAAGGCUGGAGAUUGUAAAUCCGGGGUGGCAUUCUUUCAAGCAGCGAUCCAAGCCGGUACGGACGACUUACGGAUAUUGAGUGCAAUUUAUAGCCAGUUGGGUAAUGCAUAUUUUUACUUGGGAGAUUAUGUCAAAGCGAUGCAAUAUCACAAGUUGGAUUUGACACUUGCACGUAACAUGGGAGACAAAUUGGGAGAAGCUAAAUCUAGUGGAAACUUAGGAAACACACUGAAGGUUAUGGGAAAGUUCGACGAAGCUAUGAUUUGUUGUAAGAGACACUUGGAAAUUUCAAGAGAAAUUGGCGAUAAGCUUAGCGAAGGAAGGGCAUUAUACAAUUUAGGGAAUGUUUAUCACGCAAAAGGGAAACAAGCUAGUAGAGUAGGGCAUCAGGAUCCUGGUGAAUUUUCUGAGGAUGUCAGACAGUGUUUGCAACAAGCUGUUUGCUAUUACGAAGAAAAUUUAGAGUUAAUGAAGGAAUUGGAAGAUUCUGCUGCACAAGGUAGAGCAUGCGGGAACCUGGGAAAUACGUUUUACCUUUUGGGUGAUUUUCAACAAGCAAUUUUUUAUCACAAUGAGAGAUUAAAAAUUGCGAGAGAAUUUGGUGACAAAGCUGCUGAGAGAAGAGCAAAUAGUAAUUUAGGAAAUUCACAUAUAUUUCUCGGUGAAUUUGAAAAGGCUGCACAACAUUACAAGAGAACUCUAGAUCUUGCACAGGAUUUAGGGGACAGAGAGGUAGAAGCACAAGCAUGCUAUUCUUUAGGAAAUACGUAUACUCUUCUUCGGGAUUAUCCAACUGCAAUAGAAUAUCAUUUGUGGCAUCUUGAGAUAGCACAGCAACUUAAAGAUCGCGUAGGGGAAGGCCGUGCUUGUUGGUCAUUGGGCAAUGCCUAUGCAGCAAUGGGCAAUCAUGAGAAGGCACUACAUUAUGCCAAUCUGCACUUAAACAUUUCAAAAGAACUGGAAGAUCCUAUGGGACAAGCUACAGCACAAAUGAACGUCGAUGACCUGCAAAAGAUUUUGGGUUUGGAAAAAGGGCAACAACAUGAGAAUAACAAGGAAAAUAUUGGACACAAACAUUCAACCAAUUCCGAAUCAAACGUUAAUAUAUCAUCGCCGUGUAGAUAUAGACUUAGACGAGAAAGUAUGGACAAUUUGGACCUUAUCAAGCUUACGCCGGACGCAAAAUUGAAAGAACAAGCUGAAUCUCAAACCGAGAAAAGUAAUAGCAUAACAUCGCAACUUAGUCAAAAAGAAGAGGAUAACUUCUUUGAUCUUCUGUCUCGUUUUCAAUCUGGUAGAAUGGACGACCAACGUUGUGCAUUGAACACGCAUUGCAGUCAGAAGUUCAGAGCAAUCACGCCUGAAGCGUGCGAUUCGGACAAGAAGGACGGGGAAGAUUUGUUGGAACUGAUCGCGGGAAUGCAAAGUAAAAGAAUGGACGAGCAACGAGUGACGCUGCCUUAUUUACCUGGCCUAAAUACUAAUCAAGAUGCCGAUGAUUCCUUCAUUGAGAUGCUCGUGAGGUGUCAGGGUUCACGUUUGGAGGAUCAGCGAAGUCCUUUGCCUGCGCCAUCGACAGUGCAAGAUGCUGAAGAGGAACACAGCCAAAGAUCUAAUGGAACUCAAGCAGGUUCGACGGUGCCCGAAGAAGAUCUUUUUGCUUUAAUUCAAAGACUUCAGGCGGGACGAAUGGAAGAUCAAAGAGCUUCAGGGCCUGGUAAAACUUACUAAAAAUAUUAACAGCGGGAAGCGACUUAAAAAUAACCGCGUCAGGUCUUAUGGUAACACCAUAUACAGUAGUGCUCACUUAAAUGAUCUCAGAAUUGAAAUGAGGAAAGAGGAUAAAUAUGAGUGAGAUAUACAAUGUAUCGAUAACAACUGGCGUUAAAGAUAACCGCGGACACUUAAGUGGGCACUACUGUACUUGAAAUUUUGCAACUCGUUCACGCGAUUUCUUUUUAUAUUAUAAUUUACAAAACGUUCAGUGCUUAAUUUAACAUUUAUGGUCUACAAAAUCAUUGCAUGGAUAUGACUAAAAUUCAGCGAAACUGUAAGGUAUUAUAAUACCGUCCACUGUUAUUAGUUCCCCACUUAUUACUUGGAAUUGAUCUUUUUUUCAUUACUUGAGUGUCCGCAAUAUGGUGCCAAAUGCUGUACAUACGAGCCUAAGUUAUGCGUUUAAACGCUCGGGAUGUGUUAUGCAACGUUAAACGGAGAAUAAUUUUAUAUUAGUAUUUUUGAAGUAUAUCGUUUCUCAACAGCAACUAAGAAAUGGUUCAAUAAUUUAUGACGUACAAAAGAUUCGUUCUUGACCAGAAUAAGCACUGCCAGGCUGAGAGCAUGAAUGGCACGAACGUACUUUCGAUUAUCAGAAGAGUUAUCACGUUGUUGGGUAUCGUGUGCUGAAGGUCUACUAAUUCUUCUUUUGCAUAUCUGGUGUUGCACAAUUUAUUUUUGCAAAUGGCGGGAAAGUGCGCCUUGGCGUGCUGUCUACUUGGUGCCAAACAUUAAUGCGUUGAAAACUAAAUACCGAGGGUAAGGAAGAAAGUUCUUGGUCGUUGUUAUUUGUAUGUACCUUUCUGUAUUUACUGUUUUCUCUAUUGUACGUUGACGAACGUACGCCAAUGCGAAGCGUUUUGCUCGGGUCAUUAAAAGUUGGUAACCUGUACGAUUACCAUUUUUAUCUUUCGUCGUUCAUAUAUUUUGCGCAUUUCAAGGACUCCGCUGAUUAGAAGUCUCCCGGGAUGGACGUAAUUCGUUUCGUAUUGUUUCUUUUAAUCUUAGUACGCUCCUCGUCACGCAGUCUAUAUUUUAUGGGUGGCUACCGUAGCGAAUAGUAUGCUAGAGCCCAAAGUAUAUGUGAGGUUAGGUGUGCCCCCUUCCACUCUGACCAAUUAGAUCUGCAUUCCUGUCGGUGGACUUUUCGUCAGCGGAGCACAAUACAUAAAACGUUGAUCACGAUCGUGAAAUUUGAGUGAAACUAAUUUCAAUGGUACCUAACUAUGUAACUAAAUUCUAUAGUACUAACGAUACUCCAAAGCGCUGACACUUAUUAACGAACUUAAUUAUAUACAGGAGAAUAUAAUUUAUACGGAUUCUCUAACUUACAAUCUGAUACAGCGUAAUGUAUCGCCUGAUCUCCUUGUGUUCCAAAA